ACUGCAUAAGCUGUCACCACUACUUUCUCUUCUUUCUUUUAAAAACCUUAACAAAGACCCAAACACCCAAACACAAACAAACACCAUUCAAUAUUCACACUCAGCAAGCUAGCGCAAGAUCUAAGGCGCAUGCAAUAAGUAUAGCACAAAACCCCAAAACCAAGAUUUAGAAGAGAAAGAAACAUGAUCAGAGGAAGAGAAGGCAAAGCAGCAGCACCCUCUACAGAUCUGUUGGUAUGUUUUCCUGCUCGAGCUCAUCAUCUUAGUCUAAUGCCCAAGCCCAUUUGCAGCCCCGCUAGGCCCUCAGAGCCCAACAAACGCCACCACCACCGCCGUAAGAGUUCAAUCUCCAGAGGCGGUGGUGGUGGUGGGGCCCAAGCGAGCCCAUUACUAUGGGCUAAAACCAAGCCCAUGGGCUCGGAAAAUUCAGAACCAACCUCCCCUAAAGUCACUUGUGCCGGGCAGAUCAAGGUGAGGCCCAAGUCCACAACAGCGUGCCGGAGCUGGCAAUCAGUGAUGGAAGAGAUUGAGAAAAUCCACAAUGACAAGAAACAGAGGAAGCGUCUCAGCUGGGCUGAGACCCUCGGUUUCAAGAAGGAGAUUAUGCAGUUCCUCACAUGUUUACGAUCCAUAAGGUUCGAUCUUCGAUGCUUCGGAUCCUUCCCAGGAACUGAUGUCGCCACCGAAGAAGAUGACGAUGAUGAUGAUGAUGAUGAGGAUCAUGAUGAAGAUGAAGUGUGUCAUGAAAAUAUUGUGGGUGUGGAAGAGAGUGAAAGUGAAGCAUCGAAAACUGCUUUUUCCAAAUGGUUCAUGGUUUUGCAAGAGGAUCAAAAUAAGGGGUUUCACAUGAAAGAAGAAACAGAGGAUUGUAAUGAUGAUGGAUCAAUUGGUGGUGUGCCGUCUGUUCCUCCUCCGAAUGCAUUGUUGCUCAUGCGUUGCAGGUCUGCUCCGGCGAAAAGCUGGUUGAGAGAGAGUGAACGUGAUCAUGAAAAUCAUGAAAAAGAGGAGAAUCCACAUAGCAAAGAGAAAGAAAAAGGAAAGGUGCAGGAACAUGUAAAGAAGGGACAGAGUUUGAAGUCAUUGAUGAUGAUGGAGGAAGAGAGUACAAGGAAAGAUCAGAACUUGGUGGUGAUGCGAUACAACCCUGAAUUUUAUGACAUUUCAUCUGAUAUUGCCAAAGAGACAUGGAUUGUUGGGGGGAUAAGAGAUCUUUUGGCAAGGAGUAGAAGUUCCAAAAGGUGAUGAAUGAUCAUCGAGGAUUACUACUGUUUUUUCAUUUGAUCUUUUUUUAAGUCAUAACUUUUUUGUCCAAGUUUCUGUCAAUUCUCCCACAAAAUAAUUUGGUGUGUGAAAACUGGGAAACAUAAUAUUAAAAACCCAGUUUUAGCUUCUGUUAUUAUCAUCAGUUUGGUUAGUGGUUAAUUCAGUCUGUACAGCUUGGUUAGUUCUGUCAAUUCUCCCACAAAAUAUUAAGUUGCAAUAGAGUUAAUGAUUCA